AUGUUACUAUGUUUUCAGACGCCUGCUAGAUCGAAAAGGGAGAUUAAGAUCAAGAACAUCCCAGAAGCGCCACGUCUGCCACAAUUGAACUACGAUGCCUUACCAGAGUUUGUAAGGAAGCUUAUAUCAACACCAAAACCUGAGAUAUUAACACACCUCAAGGAUUAUGAAGAACCAGGUGACUUCAGCGCAGAAGAUUUCAAAGAAGAACUCGAACAUAAGAUUGAUGAAAUGAUAGCAGAGGCUAUGCCUGAUGAUGAUAGUGAUGAAGGUGAUAAUGAUGAAGAUGAUUUAGAAACUGAAGAUGAUGAAGAGUUCAUAAGAGUGCCGCGAACUUAUGGAAUGAAUUUGACCAUGGACCGAGGAUAUGUGUGGAAUGACCUUUGGAGCAAACCUGGUAUGUCUUUCGAUAUCGGAGACUUAGAGUCAGUUCAAGAAAAAGAAGAGGACAAGAAAGAAAUCACACCUGACAUACCUAAUUACAGCGAUAUUGAAUCUGUAGGGCACAUACCACACCCCGCCGAAAGCAGACCUAUUAUUGUUGAAGGAAAUCAUGAUAUCGAAGACACUAAAGACGAAGAAACGAAUAAACAUACAGAAUCGCAUGAUAAUCUUGUAAACCAUCAUGAUUUAGACGACAUAGAAAUACCGAAAACACUGAAAUCAGUACAAAUAGAUGACGAAAAAGAUUAUCUAGAGUUGAAACAUGAAGAAAAACAUGAUGACAAAAUUAAAUUAGAGGAAAAUAAAGAUUUGACAAAUGAAAAAGCAAGUUUUGAAGAAAGUGUAGAGAAACAACCAGAUAAUAAAAAACAUCUGAAAAAGAACUUAUCAAGAAAUUAUAAAACAGAAAGUCCUCUGGCGUCAGAACCACAUAAAGAUGUUUCUAAACAAAAUGCGGAAGGAGACAAUUCUAAUAAAGACGAAGAGAUGACGAAGAAAGUAACUGUACCAGUCGAAAAAGCAGAUCCAUUCAAAGAUCUUUUGAACAACGAAGAAUUUUGGAAAUGGUUUGGCGACUGGACGUCUACAUAUUUGGAACUAUUGAUGAAGAAAGAGCAUGGGUUGGGCGGCGCGGGUCGUUGCAUCUCGGAGGCUCGACCCAGUGGCUCCGCCUCAGAUUGUACGCCUUGUGUCGAGGAGAUCCUUGGGGGUGAGGUCGUGGUGUUGACACUUGGGUCCUGGAGUACACGCUUCAUAAUUGCUUGUUUGAAUGGUCCCGCUGGCAGCACCUCAGUAGUUGAGUCCCUCAGGUUGCCUAGAUUGUCUGGGUCACCCAAGUUGCUCAAGUCCCCUAAGUCACACAGUCCCCUAGGUUGCCACAUCAAGAAUUACGUGCACGAGGAAGUAUCACGGCAGAUAAAGGCCUAUGAAGCAAUGAGAAACACACUGGUCGAAGGCAAAAAGGAACUCACAGAUGAGAAACCGAAAGAAACAGAACAUAAAAGAAAACCAAUCCACAAAAAAGAAAAAAAAGCUAAAGAGAAGGAAAUGGAUAAACCUAAGCAAGAAGAGUUUAACAAAGGCAACCAGAAAAACAUAACUAAAAACGCCGACAUUGACAAAAAGGAACAAACAGUUGCAGAUGACAAAAUAAUCAUUGACGGUAAAGAAAUCCCCAUAACUCAUAACACAAAUUUUGAAAUAGACGAUGUUAAAGAAAGAGAGAAUGACUUAAAGCAUAGAAAAGACAAAAAAGAUCAUAAAGCAACAACUUUUAAUCCGCACAAAGGAAAACCUGCCGAUGAGAAGCCUAAACCAAACUCGCCUAUACAUGUAUCAGCUACUAACAUAUUCGGCAACUCCGCUGGUAAUGACAAAGUCACAAAUGUGUUCAUAUUCUAUCCCUCGGAUGAUGAAGAUAGCUAUGAAAUAGACGAUGACCUGAAACCUUAUAUCAAUGAUUCUGAUAACAUAUUCGCUUUUGGUGGUAACGAAAAAAUAGAUAAAAGAAAAGAACCACAAAUAAUAGGACAAAAAGACGACGCUACUAUGACAGAACAUAAUAAUAUUACGACAACAAGUAAACCAAUUGGUGACUUGAAAGAACCAAAAGAUAAAAACAAUGAUGGUAAAGAUGACAAGGAUAAGGAUACAGCAACUAAUAAACCUAUCGAAGAUUUAAAAGAGCCAAAAGAUAAAAACAAUGAUGGUAAAGAUGACAAGGAUAAAGAUACAACAACUAUUAAACCUAUUGAAGAUUUAAAAGAACCAAAAGAUAAAAACAGUGAUGGUAAAGAUGACAAGGAUAAGGCUACAUCAACUAAUAAACCUAUUGAAGAUUUAAAAGAACCAAAAGAUAAAAACAAUGGUGGUAAAGAUGACAAGGAUACAGCAACUAAUAAACCUAUCGAAGAUUUAAAAGAGCCAAAAGAUAAAAACAAUGAUGGUAAAGAUGACAAGGAUAAAGAUACAACAACUAUUAAACCUAUUGAAGAUUUAAAAGAACCAAAAGAUAAAAACGACAAUGGUAAAGAUGAAAAUAAUAACGGAAAGAAACCAACCAAAGAGGAACAUAACGAAAACAUAGAAUCAAUCACACAUGAAAACAAAGAUGUCGAUAAUAGUAAUUUAAAUAAAGAAGAAAAUACUGAAAAGCCAAUUGACAAGAAAGAAGAGGAUAAGCCAAAAGAAGAACAAAAAGAAAACAAGGACUCUUCUAGCACAGAACCAAAUAAAGAAACUCCUAUAGACAAUACUCACAAAGAAGAACCGGAAACACAUGAGUCUGAAGAGAAAGAGAAGAGUGAAACAGAGUCAAAAGAUACUAAGAAUGAAAGCAGUAAAAUUGAAUCGAAAGAAGAAGACAAAAUUGAAAUAGAUUUAAAAGAUAAAUCAAACAAAGAAGAUUUAAAAGAAGAUUAA